AUGGAUGGCAUUGAAUCCCUGGGAGGCCUGCGUGGCCUGUAUCAAGACCUCUCAGUCAUUACCGAUUCUUCGAUGGUCAACAUUGAACGUCUUUGUCUCGAACUAGAAUCUCACCUUCAUGAUUUUCGCAUACUCCUGGACAAGCCGCCGAAGAAUGACAACAGUCGUAAAUCGGUCCUGACAGGAAAAUUAACAAUUGAGGACGUCGAAUAUGCGAUCAAUCCCGACUUUCAGCAAGGAGCCUUGCAACUUGCUGAUGCGCUGAAUCUUGACGAACUUGAAGCAGCCAGUCUUUUCAUGGCGGCGCAAGAGGAGGCUCAGCAGCUCGAUAGGACGCCGCUCAUUACUGCCAUCAUGCGCUUUCACGAACGUCGACACUUCUUGCUCGAAUGCUUGCGCUUGAUCUUUCAAGAGUCGUUUGAUGUGGAACGAGAGGAGAUACAGGAAUUGAUGCAAAAUAUGGUCGCUCAUAUCCUCGAAACAAAAGAGGGAACAUUUCGCAAUGCGUCUCUCUUUGUAAGGAAAUGCUUUGCAGCUAUGGAAGAAAUGGAGAGGUGGUUGACUCUCAUCGCUGAUCAAAUUCAAAAAGUCUCCAUUGUUGGCCAGGCCGACGAUGCCGAUAUCACGGAGGCCUUUGAGUACCAACGUGCGAGUUUAAUCCAGCAACACGAGUCUCUGGGAGCCACUGUCUGCUACCUCUUCAAAGGAACGUACACCUCUUCCGAAGAUGUUCGAUUUCUAUUAGAUCGUAUGCGGAAACUAGACCGAUUUGAUUUGCUUCUAGUGCAUUACAUCCCCGCAAUCAUUGCUUCACUCGUUCAAUACGGUUCUCCUAGCGGAUCUGGCACGCAGCGUGAGGCUCGAAGCCUCCAUUUGGCAGUUAUUUCCACCAAAGAUAGCAGCGUAUGGGCCCUCGCUUCCUUCCAUGCGGCUGUGAUAGCCUGGUGGCUAUCGGUCUACAGCGGAUGGUAUUUUGAUUCGGGCCCAGCCUCGCCCUUACAAGGCGUUGAUCUUGAAAAGGAGGCAGAAGAGCGAACCAAGCUCUUUAAGGAUUGCCUAGAUGACGGAGCUCUUGAAUUUAUGCUCGCCAUUUGUGCGAGUGUUGACAAUGAGGAAUGGAAUCAUCCAGCCAGAAAUGAACUAGUGAGCCUCUUGUUGAAAGAAAGCCAGGCCUUUGUGCUAGACACCGACACUGUCUCUGAAUUUUUGAAAUCACUUUUAAUGGAGCAUUUUGAUACAUUUACAGAGUCAUGCAUCGCCAAUAUGCCAAAUGCUGUUCGAAUGCUGAAGACCGACGAAGAUGCUCAGCGCCUAGACCAAAUCACUGCACUUAGGGAUGGGCUCAAUUCUAGCUUGCACCGUGGUGUAUUAGAAGCGCGCACGCACUUGGAAACUUUCCUGGUCAUAAUGGCAUUUGCCUUUGAGGGUCGGCAUGAUCCCGCGCAGGAGUUCUGGGCCGAUACAGAUGGCAAUCUAUACGGCUUCCUACAGUGGGCAUCGAAACGGCAGACUGUUCCACGCGUUAGUGCCUUUUGUGAAAUGUUGUGCUCGAUUUCGGAAGGUGAAGACAACGCGAUAGCGGCACAUAGAUUUCUAUCUGAAGAAGAUAAACAGAUGUCCGUUAAAUUCAGGCGUUCGCCUUCCAUGAACUGGAGCCAAAUGUUCGCGGAACUUCAGCUCUACGCGACAAAGGUUACUGAAAAGCCCUCGGCAUCAAAUCAAAUACUUCACACGCGAAAAUCGGAAAACGCCGACAUGAACGAACCGGAAAGUCCUGUAAUGCUCACUUGUUACCUUCGACUCAUUGGGCAUUUAUCCAAACAAAGUAGCACUAUUAGAGAGUGGAUGCUACACCAUCCUAGCUUCAACGUCGUUAGCACACUAUUAACUCUGUGUAGUGGCUCUAUCCCCACACAUCUCAGAGCAAGCGCAUUUGGUACUCUCAAAGCUUUGAUGACAGACCGCACGUCAAACCAUGGCAACGAUAUGUGGCUAGCUCUUGACCAGUGGAUCUCGGGCGCCGCAGCAAACGCUUCCGGGCUAGCAAAGGCACCGAUACUCUCCAACCAACCGGCCUGGCACGAGCGGCAUGCAUUUCAAAAGAUUGGAGAAAGUUUUGAUCAAACAAACUCCUUUGUUGAGUUGGUUCACUCACUGGUUACGCCGACAUCUGAUCUACCCGAUAAGCAACUCGCGCUACCAUUCCCAGAGGCUCUAGGAGCAUCGUACCGAAUGCCCGGCAUUGAACCAUACAUCGAUUUCAUUAUAGGUCAUGCAUUUGCACGUAAAAUCCCCGACGUCAGCGAGGCGCAGGGGAGACUGCUUGCACUGAACUGUCUAACUUUUGUGGCCACCUGCCUGGCAACAUUCAAUGAAAACCUGGUGGGCAUUGCCCACCAACCUGCCGCCAGCCCAGAAACGAGCAUAAAUUCUUCGGAUCUCAACAAUUACAUUCGUCUACAUCCAUUUGCCCGGGUCUUCGAGUGGCUAUUCAAUGAAGACGUGCUCAAGACCCUUUUCGUGACAGCUAGGCAAGAUGCAUCCGAAGUGGCAAAGGCAGCGUCCGACUCAGUCCUCAUACAAUCUUUAGUGAAGAGCGUGGAGGUGAUGAAUUUGCUCUUGGACCUUCAAUCAACAUACCUUAACAUUGUACGCCCACAACUUAGAAACCAGAUAACUACAGCUAAGGCCACUGUGGCAAAUUCGGCUCUUGCCUCAUUUGAGGACAGCAUUCUGAACAAUCUUCCUUUGAUACCUGAUCUAUGUCUCUAUUGCGGGACUGGUCAUCAACAGCUCACGGUUGUUUCUAUGGCAUUGCUGGAGAAACUUUCGAGUUCUAGGAAGCUCAACAAGUCUACAGCAACAUUUCUCGUUACUUGGAAAUCACCGAACAGAAUUGUGGAAGUUCUCAGUACAGAAGUUGAUGCAGAUAGUGUAUCUCGGCCAUUAGUCAAUCAGAUGCAACCUGAUCCUAGGGAGCUUGACUAUGGCCCCACGUCGUCUGGAUAUUUGAUUCGAGAAGGACUUCUGGGGCUGCUGAAUAGCUGUCUUGCCAUGAUCACAGACAGGCCCAAUAUUGCACAUUUGCUUCUUGGAUUUUCCUGUGUAGGCAGCACACUCGAUGUGGACUCGAAGAGCCUCUUUGCCAAGGGCAUGUCGUUACUUCAUGCUGUGAUCAACUUCAUACAGACAUAUCCUACCGAAAUCGACGGAAAUAUCCUAUCAUGGACUGUUCAUUCCAAGCGCCUGGCUUUCGAGGUUUUGAGACAUCUUUGGUCAUCAAAGUUGUCGUCUGCCUUUGUCCUGACCGAGCUUCGCAUGAGUCGCUUUUUGACAGUGUCUUUUAUUAACCAGCCCCUUGUUAAUCUCGACACACUCUGGGACGAAUUUCCCUCCUUCGCAGAAGAAUUUUGGCUUUCUGAUUCCGCAAGUGCUCUCUCUGAAUUCCUAGCUUACCGUAGUCAUUUGUAUGACUAUGCGGCUACCGAAAUCCGAGCUGCUUCAAAGUUGGGAUCGCAAACACUGCAACUGGACAUUCUGUCGACAUUGCUUGGAAUGUCACUUGUUGAAAACGGGGAGACAAUACCUCAUGCUACCGUCUUUGAUCUUUUCGACUUCGCAGACUUGAAAAUUUCGCAUGGCCUAUUACUCCCUAAAUUGCAUUUCCUCCAGGGAGUGGAUUUUGAAAUUUGUGCCAAACCCCAAUCUGACAGCUCUCUUAUAUUGUAUGAUCUUGAUGCAGCCCAUGAACUCAUCCAAUUGAGGCGGAAAGAAUUUGUAGGGAGCAAUCCAGUCCGGCCACAGGAGGAAGAGCAAUUUCAACUAGAAGCAGAACACGUUCUCGUCUUCUUGCGCGUAAUAAAUGUGGAGAAACAGAUACAUUUCAAUCGGUUUCUUGCUAUCCGUUCGUGGGCUGAACUUAUCACAACAAUGGUCAUUUCAUGUGAUAUGGAAGAGGGGCGGCGGAGGACUUUUGUACUUCAAGCAAUCAGUUUGAUUACGCCAAAACUUGAAGUUGCUAUGACUGAGAAUGUGGCCGAAGCAAUUCAGCUUUCUCAGUUAGCGGAAACCCUCAUAAGCAAACUUGGAAGUUCAACGUCAGCAAGUCAGCCUAGUCGUGGGGGUGAUUUGAUCGAUGAGAAACUCUACCAACUAUUCCAAAUCAGCAUCCGAGGCGUCUCUUUGGCCAUCGGAGAUGUAUCUCUCCGCGAAUCUUUCUAUAACAUCUGUGCUCAUUAUAUUUCUCGAAUCACAAAGACACCCGGCUCUAUACACCAGAACUUGCGGCGUCAGUGCCAACAAGCUGUCAAGGCUUCCGGCGUUUCCUUGAUAGAGGUUGUUAGCGACGACGCGUAUGCUGGGCAGGAUACUUGCAAAGUGUCUGCUAUACUCCUUUUGAAUCUGCUUGCUGAGUUAGAUGCCCAAGAAGGUUCCCAUUUGUUGGCAGAGACAAUAUCCCAAUCCAACUACCUUAGCAUGUUUCUGGAUUCUAUUAAGUUCCUGUCUUCGGAAUUUAGAGAUGCUCAGGCGCAUGAUGUGCCCCUAUUGAUAUCGUUCUACCACGCACUCCUUUCAUUCCUCCAGAAACUUUGUCAGACGAAGAUUGGGGCGACUCUUGUGCUGAAUGCUGGGCUUUUUGCUUCAAUCCGAGAGUCACGACUCUUCGCUGCUGAUCCAGAUAUUGGAAUAGACAUGGAUAACCCGGAUGCUUUACGGAAUUAUUAUGAACUUCUUGCCGCAAUGUUGCGAGUUAUCGUCCUAGCAGUAUUUUCCCGGGGUCUUCACAACGAACAGAUCAUGGAUCACACACGGAACUUCCUUACGGAAAACAGGCCCAGUAUGGUCGGCAUAUUCAAGCGCCAUGCCAAGAUAGGUGGGGAGGUGUCUUCAAAUCAUCGUGAGGUGAUCCAAAGCCUUGUCAAAGCUUAUGUAGCACUAAUUGGUGCUGCUGGUUUUGUGGAGUUCGAGGACCAGGACUUAGAACAAAGCACAGAACAGAGGGUCUUCUCCUAG